AUGGAGACAGUGACGAUGGAAGCCUGGAAGGACCGUCCGCGUGGUGUUGACCCGCUCGUGAGUGGUGAAUACGUGCCCAGCCAUGUCAUCAAGUACUUUCCGUUUCUUCUGAAUGAAGCUCAGAGCCAGCUGGAAGCAAUUCAUUGCCUCACUCCCAUUGAUCCACGUCAACGAAAGGUGAUGACCGAAGACUGUAAGCCAUUGUGCACCAGUGAUCCCAGUCCAACAGUAGUUUUGCCAACGUCAAAAGAUGAAACCAUCAGUGUCAGUGAUAAAACUAUACCACGAAUGAGUGAAGAUCAUACCGUUGUGAUCUGUGAGGAGGUCCUGAAACGACGAGAAAUUUUGCUGGACAUGUGCAAUACACGUGAAACGGAAAUCAAUAGAAAGAGGGCUGAAGCAUGGGAUGAGGUCCAUUUGGCGACGAUGAAUCGUUGCCAGCGGAAUCUGCGACUGGAGCAGAUCAAACGCGUGUGGAGGCAUCAGAAGAAUCGCGUUCGACACAUCCUCAAUCUAGAGAAGCUUGCUUCAGACGCAGAAGUGACACUUGAAGAUGUGAUCGCUGCCCGAAAAGGCUUCAUGACCGAUUACGAGAUCGCUAUAGCUCGUGCUUACCUCGAUGUACCACCACGGAGCCAUUCGCCUGGAAAUCGUCGUUUGGAUGAGCUCGACCUAUCGCUGAGGAAAAGAGCAGCAACGUCUCCAAGCAUCCGUAUUGAUGAUUCAGUUACUAGUGUUCUUGACCGAAUAGCUGCUGAGUGCGCCGUCGAAGCACAUUCUCAAGCCCAAUGCGAACUACAGGGCAGCAGUCCGAUGGCAGAAGUCAAAGUGGAGCAAACUCCAUCCAUGGACCAGUCUCUACGUGAAUGCAGCAACCUGCUGGAAAUUCAGCGACUUCUAAACGCAAUGGGUCCGGCUUCUUCCAUGGAAGACAAACCAACGGUAAAACCUGAUCAUGCACAGCGAAUAGCAUUCGAGGAACAAGCAGAAAUGUACCGAUCAAUGAGGUCAUUCAUCGAGGAGUCAACCCGAACCGUGCGAGAUCUCUGUGGACGGGUUCGAUCCCAUCAGUCACCUGCAACUGACUCAUCCCCAAGUGAAAGUAAUCUAGAAUUUGCUCCCAAUGGUCAAGUAGUUUAA